GCCAACUCUGUUUUCCUGUCGGGAUCGGUCUACACAACAUAGCAGUUUGCUCAUGAAGAGCAACGAUGGAUAACAGCUAUGUAUCGUUGAUAUCAACUAAUCCACAGGAUGUCAAAGUCAGUUCCACGUUGGAAAAAUCCACGGGGAAGAAACACUUGACGGACAAUAACCCAGAAACGUGCUGGACAUCGCGACAGGGUCCUGGGCAGUAUAUCCAUCUAACGUUCGAAAAGCCAGCAAUACCCAAGCACAUCACCAUCAUUUUCCAGGGCGGAUUUGUCGGAACCAGAUGUAGAGUCGAGGUCUCGGAGUCAUCAGAUAGGCCCGAAUGGCAGACGUGGACAUAUAUCCACCCUGAGGAUGCGAACCGGCGUCAAAUUUUCGACUUGAUAACCAACAGUGACGGAUUGCCAAGGGAGGGAAUUCAGAGCAUGAAACUCGUUUUCGAGGAGAGUUCUGAUUUUUACGGUAGAAUCACAAUCUAUGAGUUGAAGAUUGAAGGUCUCCUGCUUUGAAAUGACGAGGAGCUGGCUCGAUCAUAUUCAAGAGCUCACUAGAGCCAAGCCUGCC